CUGGUGCUCAGGGCGGUCGGGCGAGCUAGGAGUCCGUUGAACGGCGAGUGGAAGGGGCGCGGCGCCGUCUAGGGGUUAAAGUCGUUCUUGAGAGGAAGGUCUCCGUCCGGAGAGAAAAUGAGUUUAGCUCUGAGAAGUGAGCUGGUAGUAGAUAAAACAAAGAGGAAAAAAAGAAGAGAACUCUCUGAAGAACAGAAACAAGAAAUUAAAGAUGCUUUUGAGCUAUUUGAUACAGACAAAGAUGAAGCAAUAGAUUAUCAUGAAUUAAAGGUGGCAAUGAGAGCUUUGGGGUUUGAUGUAAAAAAAGCGGAUGUGCUGAAAAUUCUUAAGGAUUACGACAGAGAAGCCACAGGGAAAAUCACCUUUGAAGAUUUUAAUGAAGUUGUGACAGACUGGAUAUUGGAAAGAGAUCCACAUGAAGAAAUACUUAAGGCAUUUAAACUAUUUGAUGAUGAUGAUUCAGGUAAAAUAAGCUUGAGGAAUUUGCGACGUGUUGCUAGAGAACUGGGUGAAAAUAUGAGUGAUGAAGAACUUCGGGCUAUGAUAGAAGAAUUUGAUAAAGAUGGUGAUGGAGAAAUUAAUCAAGAGGAGUUCAUUGCUAUUAUGACUGGUGACAUUUAAGAUUACAAGGAUAAACACUAAGAAUGUUGCAGUCACCAUCUUAUAUUCUAAUUUUGGGCAUGGAGCCACCAUGAAAAAGACCCAAAAUAUCUUCAUUCUUUUUUCCAGAAGGACCAAAACUAAACAUUUCUGUGUUUGUAUUUUACUACUGUUGAGUUUCUUCAUAUGAACAGUGUUAGUGUUAGUAUUCAAAUAGGUUUAAUUUUGAAUUUAUAAUACAGUUUUUAUAUAAAGUGUUAAAAACAAAAUCAUGUGGUGUACAUUCUUUGCAGAUCUUUAGACAUUUGUCAUCACUUUUAUUUUGGUGUACACAUUUUUCAGAUUUUGUUAAUAAAAUAUUUUAUUAGUA